AUGAAGAAGGCCAAGGCCAUAAUGACUCAGAUUGAAUCUAAGGACACUGUGCCAAUCUCCAAAUUGGUCGAGACGGAGAAAAGCCGAAUGACUGCGGAGAAAAGGCCAGCCGAGGUCGAUGCAUCUGACUCCCAACCAUCCAAAAAGCCAAGGUCUGAGCAACCUAAGGGUAGCCAAAGUUUUUCUCGCAAUAUGACCUGGGCCCCCGAGGUUAUGGUAGAUGACAAACCCUUGACAGCGGGCGACAACACAAUGAAUCUUGAAGUCGGCGUAGCCCUGCCAAUGGCCAUCCAGCAUGCUCACUCUUAUGCUGUCAAAACCGAGAUGAUGAGGAAGGGGUUGGCAAGGAAGACCAAGGAAGUUGCCAAACUCCUAUCCUCACUCCAUCACGCUGGGGCCAACAAUCAAGCCCUGUUAGAUCAGGCUGAAGCUUCCAAAGUUACUCAAGAUUUGGCCGAGGAAAAAGCCAAAACGGCCAAUGACGAAGCCGAGACCGCAAGAGCCGACCUUGAAGCUGCCAAGGGCAAGGCAGCUGACUUAGAGGCCAAGCUUCAAGAGGCCCUUGCCUCUAAGGAGGCCGAGGUAAAUGCGGCUGAUGAAAAAGCAUUUGAAGAGGGACAGACCGCCGUCCGUGACCAAUACAAACAACAAGAGCCUAACGUCUCUGGCGAUGAAGCCGACGAAGAUGAUGCCGAGGAUGGUGGAGUCGAUGAAGUAGAGGAAGAGGCUGCCACUGAUCCCAAGUCUCCCACUCUCAACGAACAGAUAGACUUAACUCAAGAUGAGGAGGAUGACUUGGUCUCCAAGGGCAUCUCUCCCAAACCAACCUCCUCUGAGGCCGAGGUUCAGUGCACCGAAAGGAGUCUGGAUCAGACUUUGCAAAAAAUAGACGCCGAGAUAGUUACUGAAAAGAAUGCAACACCGCCAUCUCAGGUUGACAAAUCACAGAUCAGUCCUAGUACUUAG